GACAUGUCUCACUCGGCUUUUCUUUUCCAGCAACCCGGCUCAACUUUUAUUUUUCUUAUGGCCGCCAUAUUGGAUUUUUUGACUUUUGAUAAUGCGUGUAAAAAAUUACCAGUCCACUGAUGUCUCACAAGUGCAUAAAAGAUAGGAGUAUCACCGAAAUAUCAUCAGACGAUUUCUAUAGCCGCGAGAGGAUCAAAUUC